UCUCCAGUCUCCACAGUUCACCAUCUCCCCUCCCACCUCCGACUGCCUCUUCUUCCCUCAUCUCCAUUGCUCACUGCCUCACUCUCCUCAGCUCUCUCUCUCUCUCUCUGCUAGUGCUUCUAGGAUCCAUCAUCCAUGGCUGCUUGCAAAGUCUACUUCUUGUGCAGCAUAUUGUAGGAUUCUAUUGUUUGAGAACAUUUUAGGGAGUUGCAUGUUACAGGGAAUCUGAGGGAGCAAAAAGUUUAUCACAUGGAGGGAGCAGAUGAGGAGAGGCCACUAAUUCAUCACCUGCCUCCACAGGAACAAUGUUCGCAAUACACCUGCGAUGGAACGGUUGAUAUCGACAGAAGGCCCGCACUGAAGCAUAGCACAGGGAAUUGGAGAGCAUGCUUCUUCAUUUUAGGUGCUGAAUUCACUCAAUGCCUGUGCUUCUCUGCGGUCGUGAAGAACUUAGUCAGGUAUCUGACGAGUGUGCUCCAGGAAAGCAAUGUCAAUGCUGCCCGAAGUGUGUCGACUUGGAUUGGAACUUGCUUCUUCACACCACUCAUUGGAGCCUUCUUGGCGGACACAUUUUGGGGAAGAUACAGGACAAUUGUAAUAUGCCUCUCUGUUUACAGCAUAGGAAUGCUCAUUCUGACGACUUCAGCGUCGCUUCCAUUUCUCCUUCAUGAUUCCUACAACAAUGGCGACGACAUUCGUCGUGUUGUCGCCUACCUAGGGCUCUACCUCAUUGCACUUGGAGCUGGAGGUAUCAAGCCCUGCAUGUCGGCCCUCGGGGCUGACCAAUUCGACGGUGCCGACCCGGUAGAACGGGUGACAAAGGGCUCAUUCUUCAACUAUUACUACUUCUCAAACAACAUGGGCACGCUGCUGUCCACUACCGUGCUUGUCUGGGUGCAGGACAACAUAGGGUGGGGCAUCGGUUUCGCGACUCCGAUGCUGCUCAUGGGUUUUGGCCUCUCCAUGUUCGUCGCCGGUAGGAGGGUGUACAGGUACAGGAAGCUGGGAAGGAGUCCAUUGACAAGGGUGUCCCAGGUUGUGGUUGCAGCUGCGAGGAAUCACAGGCUCAAGUUGCCUGAUGAUAGCUCACUCCUGCAUGAGCUGCCUUCACUGACCGAAGGUGGCUAUAGGAUUCAACAUACCACUCGAUUCAGGUUCUUGGACAAAGCUGCCAUCCCGUCCGACUCCGACGACAACUCGCCGGUGCAACCGGACCCAUGGAGGCUGUGCACGGUGUCGCAGGUGGAGGAGCUCAAGAUGCUGCUCCGGGUGUUCCCGGUGUGGGCUUCGCUGCUCGUCUUCUUCGUGGUGACCGCACAGAUGUCGUCGACGCUGAUCGAGCAGAGCGCGGCCAUGGACGGCCGCGUCGGCCCCUUCACCGUGCCGCCGGCCUCGCUCGCCACCUUCAACGUCGUCGCCGUCCUCAUCUGGGUCCCCGUCUACGACGCCGUGCUGGUGCCACUGGCACGGCGCGCCACCGGCAACGACCGGGGCCUCUCGCACCUGCAGCGCAUCGGCGUCGGCCUCGCGCUGUCCGCGGUGGCCAUGGCGUACUCGGCGCAGGUGGAGAGGCGGCGACGGCGACCGGCGGCGGAGGAGGAGGCGAUGAGCAUAAUGUGGCAGGCGCCGUGCUACCUGGUGCUGGGCAUGGCGGAGGUGUUCACCAGCAUCGGCAUGCUGGAGUUCUUCUACGAGAGGUCGCCGGGGUCCAUGAAGAGCCUCGGCACGUCGCUCGCGCACCUGGCCGUCGCGACGGCUAACUACCUCAACUCCGGCGUGCUCGGCGUGGUGGUGGCGGCCACGACGCGUGGCGGCGGCGCUGGGUGGAUCCCGGACAACCUCGAUGAGGGGCACCUUGACUACUUCUUCUGGAUGAUGGCUCUUGUCAGUGUCCUCAACCUGCUGCAGUUCUUGCAUUGCUCAAUCAGAGAUAGAGGCCAAUAAUAACACACUGCCAUCUUGACAUUUAUACUCUUUUUCGUCAUCAUUUUCUAAAAUUAAAUUGUUGUCACUCUUUUUUGAUCUCUUGCCAACUUACUGGGGAUGCAAGAAAAUGCAGAUUUUGUAUGGAAAUCUAGGCCAAUGGAGGCACUUUAACCUACUACCUCCAUUCCAAAAUAAGUUAAGCUAGUACGGGAAGUGACAUAUCCUAGUAGUUAUAUCGCACUACUGUGAAUCUGGAUAGGAUAUAUCAUAUUCCGUACUAGAUUAACUUAUUCUGAGACGAAGGUAAUAUAUUUCAUUUUGCAUUUCUGAAAAGCAACACGGCCAUAUUUUACCAAAAUUUAAUCACAGAUGGGAAACGGAGAUGACUGGAAACCCAAAAUAAUUUCAACUUUCUUUGUGUGAUGAACAAUUGGCAUAUGAGAUUAUUGGUUUUCAUAUUUAGAGAUUAUUGGUGAAGUGGUUUUGAAGAUGAUUGGAUUUUCAGGUGAUGAAUAGGUGCUGCUGAUUGUCAGGUCCGGUCAGACUGGGCAAGUGCUGCCGGUCAGACCGGAGGUAUGUGAAUGGUCGGACCGGCCUGCCCACGGUUUGUCCGGCGGACUCUGUAUCAGUUUCGGUUUUGGUUUCGGGCUGUUUCUUUGGAUAUCCGUGGAUAGUUCAUGUUUAUAGCUUCUAUAUGGAUACUAUGAGUAUGUAAUACUGUUGUUUGCUAACAAUGAGUCAAGUUAGAGAUAGCUUGGUCUCAGAAUAUGGUUUCUUUGUUUGAUUCAUGUGUAGGUGACUUGAUGCCUCAGGAGAGUAUUGCCGGUGAUGGAUCGGGAGUCAACUUGGAGAUAAGGUGACGUCCGGAUGGUCAAAUAUCAUGCGGAAUACUUAGGCUAAAGAUCAAUGCACAUGGUUGGUGAAGAUUCCAUAUGACAUACGAUGGAGAUAUUGUGUGCGUUGCGGAGUCAAAUUUGGAAGGAGUCUAAAUUUGGUACAAUUGGAGUUUGUAAAGUUGGUUUCUUGUACGGGAAGGUUUCCUAGGUGGAUUAGGACUUCUUGUAUGAGUUUGGUUCGUGGCUUUAGGCUGCCUACCUCAUGUAUAAAUAGAAAGGAAGGGCGUGGCCUCCCGGUAUUGCUUUAGAGAGUAUUGAGUUAUGAGAAUAGUUAGGGUUUCGAGUUUGAUCAAGAUUUUCGUGAGGAGUGCUGUUGUUGCACUUUGUAAACA